AUGAGCGGCGCGGGGAGCGCGUGGAAGCGCAGUGGAUCGUAUAGUGUCUCGUGCUCCAGGACGCGCGCUCACAUUCACCGCGCGCAGCACAACAAUGCUGGACACCAAGUUUUUAUCCACGCAAUGAAUCCCGCCAACGAAACCAGAGCGGAGAGAAGUACUGAACAUUAUUUUUUUACAGUUGGCACGUACAAACUUCUCGCUUUUACCAUCGGGACCAUUGGAGUAUUCGGCUUCUGUAACAACGUUGUUGUCAUCAUACUGUACUGCAAAUUCAAGAGACUGCGGACGCCCACCAAUUUGUUGCUGGUCAACAUAAGUUUGAGUGAUUUGCUGGUUUCUGUCAUCGGAAUAAACUUUACGUUUGCCGCGUGCGUCAAAGGCGGGUGGACAUGGAGCCACGCGACAUGCAUCUGGGACGGCUUCAGCAACAGCUUAUUUGGCAUAGUUUCCAUCAUGACUCUGGCAGCCCUGGCCUAUGAGCGCUACAUCCGGGUGGUCCAUGCGCAGGUGGUGGACUUCCCCUGGGCAUGGCGGGCCAUCGGCCACAUCUGGCUGUACUCGUUGGCCUGGACUGGGGCUCCUCUGCUGGGGUGGAACCGCUACACACUGGAGAUCCAUCAGCUGGGCUGCUCCCUUGACUGGGCAUCUAAAGACCCAAAUGAUGCCUCCUUCAUCCUCCUCUUCCUCCUGGCCUGUUUCUUUGUGCCUGUGGGCAUCAUGAUCUACUGCUAUGGGAACAUCCUCUACACAGUGCAAAUGCUGCGCUCCAUCCAGGACCUCCAGACCGUACAGAUCAUCAAGAUCUUGCGGUACGAGAAGAAGGUGGCCGUCAUGUUUUUCUUGAUGAUCUCCUGCUUCCUGGUUUGUUGGACGCCAUAUGCUGUCGUAUCCAUGUUGGAGGCUUUUGGCAGGAAGAGCAUAGUCUCUCCCACAGUGGCCAUCAUCCCCUCGUUCUUUGCCAAGUCCAGCACGGCCUACAACCCCCUCAUCUAUGUGUUCAUGAGCAGAAAGUUCCGCCGCUGUUUGCUGCAGCUGCUGUGCUCGCGGCUCUCUUGGCUUCAGCGCAGCCUCAAAGAGCGUCCUCUGGCUCCGGUCCAACGGCGUCCAAUUCGACCAAUUGUUGUGUCUGGGUCGUGCGGCAGCAGGGACCGACCCAAGAAGAGGGUGACUUUCAGCUCCUCCUCCAUCGUUUUCAUUAUCACCAGCAAUGACUUCCAGCACCUGGAUAUGACCUCCAAAGCUAAAGAUUCGGCGGAGGUUAAUGUCAUUCAAGUGAGGCCAUUGUGAUCCACCAGGACUGGACUUUUCUCACCUCACCACUCUGUAUGCCUUAGGACCUUACAUGCAAAUCCAUGCCAAAAUAAUCCUGUCUGACCUCCCUGGACAUUUCUGUGUGCACACACAGUUACAGAAUUGUUACAGCUAAUUGUAAAUAUAUCAACUGUCAGCUCAAGAUCUCAGCUAAACCUAUUUCCUGACAGUGUUUUGUCUAAGCAGGUUGUACGAAAGUGUGACAUCCUCAUCUACCAUCAGUUUUGGUGAUAUAAAUACAUGUUGAUGUAGUUAACAACUAGUAAUAUCAUGUUUCUCUUAUCACAUUAUUUGUCAAAUAUGCCACACUGUAUUUGUGACAACUGCAGGACUGUGUCGAGUUUUUAGGG